AUGACCAAACUGGGUGUUGUCUGUCUACUGGUGGCCAGCCUCUGUGUGGCCUUAACCUGUGCCGAGGUGCGUCCUCUGGGACUGCAGGGUCGCCAGCAGGUCCAAAAGGGAUUGCAACAGCAUCCUUACAUCUUCCUGACCAUACCCCAGGGUCGUGCCAAUGCUGGCACUGUGGUCCAGGGUUUUGAGAUUGUCGAGGAGUUGGAUGACGAAGAUUUGGAACAGGAUCAACACCACAAUGUUGGCCAGAACGAUGUUGAUGAUGAUGAAGAUGAUGAUGCGGACCACGAUGAUGAGGAGGAGUUGGAGCAUCAGCUGGGCCUGAACUUUGCUCGAAGCGGUCUUGGCCACAGGCGUCAGGAGCUGGCAGAGGAGGAGGAUGAUGAUGCCGAGCAGGACGAUGACCAGGAGCAACAGCAGCAGCAACAGCAACUCCUGCCCAAAAAGACCCAAAUGAUGGUGGCCCGGGAUCAGGCCGGUGCCAUUAUGGUUCCCGAUGGCAUCAUCGAAAUCGAGGGUCAGAGCGUCCUCGAUGAGAAGACCGGCAAGGCUGCUCUCCUCGUGCCCCGUGCCGCUCUCGAUGCCAUUCCUGAUGGCGCCGUUGUGGCCUUGAUGGAGCGCUCUGCCAGCGGUAAUUCCGAUUCCGAUGAGAUCGAGGAGGAACGCGCCAAUCGUGUUGUGGUUCGACGUCGCAAGAACAAUGGCCGCCGCAACAUCCGGCGAAGGGGCACGAACCCACGUCGUCGUCGUCGUCGUCCCGUCCAGAGACGUCGUCGUGGCGGCAACCGUCGACGCAACGUCCGUGUCAUCCGUCCCAGCGGUGGCAACCGUCGCCGAGGUGGCAACCAGAGGCGCCGUGGCCAGGUUGUCUACCAGGGUUAG